GACCUUAGGCGCGGACUGUGGGCAGGCGACAGCGGCGUGUGGAUGGAGGCCUCAGUCCCCGGCCGGGCGCGGCGGGGCAGGCGGCGGACCCGGGCCGCUGGCUCCCCGCUCUCUCGGGCCGCCGUCCUCCUCUUUCUUUCCGCCUUCCUCGUGCGGGUGACCGCAUCAGUUGGGUAUUUGGUUCGAUUACCGAGAAGCUUUCGCUUGACCAAAGAUUCAGUGAAAAUAGUGGGAUCAACAAAUUUCCCAGUGAAAGUAUAUGUCAUGCUCCAUCAAAAAAGUCCACAUGUGUUAUGUGUAACGCAACGACUACGAAAUGCUGAACUGAUAGACCCAUCAUUCCAGUGGCAUGGGCCGAAAGGAAAAGUUAUUUCAGAAAACAGCACUACACAAAUAACAUCCACAGGAAGCCUUGUAUUCCAAAAUUUUCAGGAGCGUAUGAGUGGAAUUUAUACAUGUUCCCUUGAGUAUAAACCUACUGUGGAAGAAACUGUUAAACGUCUUCACCUAAAAUAUAUUAUAUAUGCUUAUCGUGAGCCUCAUUAUUAUUAUCAGUUCACAGCUCGAUAUCAUGCACCUCCAUGCAAUAGUAUUUAUAAUAUUUCUUUUGAGAAGAAACUUCUUCAGAUUUUAAGCAAACUGGUUCUUGACCUUUCAUGUGAAAUUUCCUUACUUAAGUCUGAAUGCCAUCAUGUUAAAAUGCAAAAAGCUGGUUUGCAAAAUGAAUUAUUCUUUACAUUUUCAGUUGCCCAAGAACAUUUGUUGAAGAGACCAUUCUUUUCCACAUUGAAUUGUCUUAGCACCCUUGUUGAAGUUUCAUCUCUAGACACUGGAAAAGGACCCAAGCCAUGUACAGACCAUAACUGUGAAUCUUCCAGACGACUAGCUAAGGCUAAAAAUCUCAUAGAGAGAUUUUUUAAUCAACAAGUAGAAGCUCUUGGCAGACGUGCAGAACCAUUGCCUGAAAUAUACUACAUUGAAGGUACUCUCCAAAUGGUUUGGAUUAAUCGCUGCUUUCCAGGGUAUGGAAUGAAUGACAUGCAACAUCCAAAAUGUCCUGAGUGCUGUGGAACUGUUACAUCACGAACCAAUCCCACAGGCACAGGACGCUCAUGCAGGUCAGAAGGUUAUAAAUUUAGUUUGCUCUGUUCUCUCAGUUGUAUAGAGUAAAACCUGCCAGAGCUGCACUGGGAAGCGGGUGGGACAGCGUGAUCUGCAGCCCUGGAUCAUUUAACCCCCGUGAUGGAAUUCAUUGCCUUCAAUGCAAUAACAGUCUGGUGUAUGGAGCAAAAGCAUGCUCUUAAGUCAUUAUCUUGAGUUAUUCAGUGGUUUAUUAAAUGCAAAGUAUAUAUCUGAAAUAUUAACAUAUAAUAAAUCAUUAUUAUGCCAAAAUUAAAUAUAUCAUAUUUUACAGAAAA